AUGAUAUCAUAUCAGUUGAUUGAUACAAAUGAAUUUCAAUUAUACAAACUAUUGGCAUUAUGUUCUCAGUCAUCAUCAUCAUCAUCAUCAUCUUCAACACCAUUGUUACCUUGGGCGAAUAAAUUAAGUUCAUUGAAAAAAUGGCGAUCUAAUGAAGAUCAUCUGUUACCUAAUGAAACAUUAUAUUUUAAUCAACAAUAUUAUUCUAAAACAUCCAUUUUAAAUAAUAUGCAAAAUUAUAAAAAAUUUCAAUUUUCAUUAACUACAGUUUGUUUAGCUCGAUCUAUUGAAACAUUAUUACAUUAUCAAUUAUGUAUAAAUCAUAAUGAAAUGCCAUCCAUACAAAUAUGUUUAGAUUUAUUACUUACAACUAAUGAAUAUUUAUCAAUUUGUUUAGAAGAAUUCAAAACUAUUCAGGGUGAUAAAUUGGAAUACUUAGACAUAAUUAAUAAUGUAUUAAAACAAGUUUUACGUUAUCUCCCAUCGGAUCUCACUCCUUAUUCAAUUACAUCAUCGUCAACUACUAGUUCACUCAGGACUACAGAAAAUGAUAGCACCAACAACAACACAGCUGCCAAUAAAGACAUUUUGCGAAUUUUUGUUAAUUUACGUUUACACCAGUUAAACGUUAUGCUUUUACGACAUCAUCAUGGUGUAACAUUUAAACGUGGCAAAUCACAAACUCCUGCUUGGUUUACAAUGAUUACACAAGCUAGAACUACAUUAGAUUGGCAUGCUUCUUAUUUAGCUAGUAAUACUAAUAUUAUCGCUUCUAAGGGGGAAGAUAAACACUUGAACAUUGAUUUACAAGAUGUGAUUUUACAUGUGACUUUGUUAAGUCAUCUUGUCAGUUUGCAGACAGUAAAUCAAGAUGUAUUAUCUAUAUUCGGUAUUCAAGCUAUUCUUCGAGAUAUUUGUAGAAUUCAUCCUAUCCUAAAAUUAUUGAUCAGUUCUUCUGAUUAUUUUACAACAAAUCCAUUAUAUUCUAAUCUACAAGGUCCCUUAAAUUCAAUUUCAAACAAUUUAACCAAAUUAUGUGAUACAUUAGCUAGAAAAUCACAAACUAAACGUGAAAAUAAAUCUGACUUAAAAUUAACUAACAGUCAACAUGUCAAGAAAACGAAACAAAAGAAUAGUGGUAGUAACAACAAUCGACUGACAGAACAAAACAUCCCAGAAACUAAUGAUCAUUAUCAUGAAAACUUUUCUCCAGAAUCUUUAUUACUGUCGAACAUAAAAAAGCAGCAACAACAACAGGAUAAUUUUUUAACAACAAAACAAACUAUCAAUGAAGCAAACAAUUCAUCAUCACCACAACCAUCAUGUCAAGCAUUCAAUAAUCACUGUCAAGUUCUACAAUGUCAAAUUGAACAUUUAACAAAGUAUUUAAGUGAAUUAUGA